CGUUAAUAAAAAUAUCCUUUCGGAAAAUUUUCAUUCAAUUCUUUUUAUUUCAGUGUUACACUGGAAAGGCUGUAACAAUGUCAGACUCCGAAAAGAAUGAAAAUUGCACAAUGGAGACUGAACGUAUUGGUUCCGAGAGCUUGGGCCAGCAUAAUGACAUGAGUAAUAGUGGACUUAAUAUGAAUGAGAGUCAAGACUUUCAUCUUGUAGACUUUGAUGACGAUGGUUCUUCAGGUAAAGAAAUGUCUGUAAAAGUAAUGUCUUCCUCUUUAACUGAUAACAUAGAGACUGUAGGGAGUGUGCCUGAAACUAUAGCAGUGGAAAGCAAACCAUCUGAUUCUGAUGGCGAUGCUGCUAAUAUUUCAAGAGAAGAAAAUAUGAAAGAAGCAGAGUUGCUUGAAACAGUGGAAAAAGAAAAAAUAAGCAACGAUAACAGUACCUGCCAAAGUGAAGAUAAACCUGUUGAAGAAGAUGAGGAGAUAAUACAAUGCACACCACCAGAAGAUCAUUCACCAGCAAAACAGCUGGUUCCUAGCAAUACAGGAAUAACAAGCCUAAAACGUAAAGCAGGAUCCUUCGAUGAACCACCAAAAAAGAUUUUAAGAACAAUUUCCAUUGAAGAUACAUCGAUGCCAGAGGAGAAAGAAUUUCAGGAAGAAGAGAGUCAAUUAUUCCAGUCUGACAACACUCGACAGGACUUUUCCAAAAAUUGUGUUGAUACUAAUGUAAUAAUUGCAGAAACUCAAGAUACCCUAGAGGACGAUGUUAUGGAAACCACAAUGGACAAGUCUGUUACAGAUGAGGAGCAGGCCAAGGAUCAGGAUAAAAAUCAUUUAGAAUCGCAGGUGAAGGAAAUAGAUAAAAAUGAAAAUUUUAAUAAUACAUUGAAACUGAACGAAGCUGUUACGAGUAGAGAAGUUAAUGAAAACACAGAAACUAGCGAUACGAAAGAAGAAAGUGCAAUUACAACAGAGAAAACAGUAUCGGAUAAAAACAAUACAAGUCCAGAUGGUUUAAAGCCAACUGAAGACUCAAACAUCUGUGUACUAGUUGAUGAAACAGCACAGACUGAGAAAGCAGGAGAAAAAGAAAAUGGUAUUGAAUCUACAACACAUACCAGUUUAGGAGACAAAAUUAAUGAAACUGAAGACAUAUCAGUUUCUAGGAAACCAUCAAAUGAAUCUCAUUCCAAUGUAAGUAAAUCCAGGAACAGCAUAGAACUCAUAUAUGAUCGAACCGCUGUUCAUGAUAAUAAAACAAAGCCAAAGGAGUUGGUAGAGAUUGAUGAAGAUGGAGAAAAAAUUGUAUUGGAUUCGUCCGAAGAAGAAUCUGAUUUGAAAACAGACAGUAAGAAUGCUUUGGAUAAUACAAAGGCUGAAACAGUAUACAAAAGUUGCUACGAUAGUAAAAGCAGUAGCGACUUCAGUUACAAAUCAGUAGAAACGACUAAGGAGUCGUCCCUUGAUACUGUUAAAACUGGUAGCAAGCUUGUUAACGGAAGCAGUGAAUCCAAGAAAUGCGAUUCAGACAGUACAGCCAGUCUGCAAUCCGAUACUUUUAGCGAUAUGCCAAUCGUGCUUGACAAAGCAGACAACAAUGUUUCAAUGCCUGUGCAUAAUACGAACAGGCAAAUCAAACCAAUCGCUUCUGUGUCCAAGGAUAGCGAUCAUGCUGAUCUAUUGAGCGUAAGCGAAAAUGAAUCUGAUGUUUUUAUAGUGGACGAUAAAAGUAAAUCGACCUCGACGCACAGUAGUUCUAUGACAAAGACUUUCCAGAUGGAAAAAGAAAUCUGUGUAUAUGUUAGAGUGAAAUGUUUAUUACAAGUUGAUGAAGGUACAAAAGAAUUUCUGCGCAAGGAGAUCACUGGUGUGCAGUGUGAAGCUGUUGCAGAGCCUACAUUAAUACGACAGAAAAAUAACGAUACUUCUGCUUCUUUGGCAGAUAUCUCUGGAAACGACAAUAAAGAUGCAUCGCCCGGAUCGAUAAACAGUAAUCCACAGUUAUACCCAUUAAACCCAUCUAGGCUUUCAUUUGCAUCAACUAUCAGCUCUUUAAGUUCUGUUUCUAGUGCUGCGUCAUUAGCAGCUAAGUUAGCAAUAAGAGAUAGUACGCACUUUCCUUUACCAAGAGGACCUGCGAAACACGCAAAGAAACACGUUCAAGACAUGCAGUCAUUGAAUGAUAAGCAAGCGACAGACGAUGCAUAUGAUCGUCUAACUAAGGAAUGGCAGAAUAGUCAUCUCCUGACAACGAGUGUUUUAAAUUUUGUAAACUCCGAACUCAGUGGUAUCGAUACGUCCAAUGUUAGUAACGAACGGAUAGACGAUCAGAUACAGAAAAUUCGAUCCUCUACACCAGAGGUCCCUCAAGAAGUCGUUCAAGUACAAACUCCUAAAAGCUCUAAGAAAAGUAAAGCUGUAAAAAGGCCACGGAACAAGAGCACAAAAUCAGAUAAUCAUUCUAAUGGAUUGAAUAAGGUUUUAACUAAAACAGAAUCUGUUGACAGUGAUUCCGUAGAUGCUUCAAUGAAACCAUUAUCGCAAGUGGAUGACCUAAUUGGGAAUGAUGUGUUCGCUAAAUGGUCCGAUAACAAUUAUUAUCCCGGUACAGUUAUCGAUAAAGUAAAAACAAAAUAUAAAGUAAGCUUCUAUGAUGGUAAGAGUAAAGUGCUCAUAGAGGACUUUAUCAUAACUAUACCGAAAACAUUAAGGGAAGGUUUGUCUGUCUACGCUACCACGAAAAAUGAUGACUACGGAUCCUGUGGUAUAAUUGUUGAUGUACACAUUGUAAAUAAUGAAGUACAUUAUACAGUGGAAACAGACGAAGGAGAAAAAGUUAAAGUUCAAGUGAAAGAUAUCUUUUUGUCCUCUGAUCAAGCUCAGGUGCUGAAAGAAGAAGUAAACUCGGGAAAUAAAAGUCUUCCAUCUACACCCAAGCAUUUAAGUCAAGUGUCAUUAGACAAUAUGGUCGAUGGUAAAAGGCGUUCUCGGCGAAUCGGGACCCCUGUUUUUUCAACACCCAAGUCCAAAUUAACGAACACACCUACAGGUAGAAACAUAGCGGAACCGUCUGUUUCCGGUGUAGCAUCUGCAGUUAAAAAAGAAAUGAAAACAGUCUCCGAAAGUGAUGGUCUUUCCAGUGACUCGAAUCUUUCCAUAAAGGAUGAAAUAUCAUCCAUUGGUGUGCAACCAGAGAUAAUUGGAACUCCCUACGAACAAUUUGUGAAAGGACCACAGAAUCGUAUUAAAAGCAAGUCCAGAAGUAAGAAAAAAGUAGACGAUGAACAGACUAUCGCAACCCUGGGUCCAAUACCAAAUAAGGAUUCAAAUUUAUUUAAAGGCAUGUCCUUCAUUCUUACCUGUGCACCUUUAGAGACACUUGAUCGAUACCAAUCUGACAUCAAAGAUUCCAGUUCGGAUCCAGGUACAGAAAACGAAGAAGAAUGGUCCAAGAAGCCUUUCGUGAGAGAUAGAUUAAACACGCAAAUAAUAGCUGGUGGUGGGAAAGUUUAUACGGAUUUCAAUGAGAUCCCACAGGAAGAGUACAAAAGUACAAAGCUGAUAACAAACGUGCCAAACACAACUGCGAAGACUCUGUUGUGUCUUUCAGUUGGUAUACCGACGUAUAAUCAUAAUUGGAUAAUAAGGUGCUGUCAAGAGGCAAGUGUUACAGCUGAGGAUGGAUUACCCGCAGGAUGGAGUUUGGACAAGAAAUCAUACGUUGAAAUGUUCGAAAGAUCUAGUAACAAGCCAUUGGCUGAAGUUAUGAUAAUAAUUCCAAAUAUAGAAUCUGAGAAAUUGUUUACCACAUUUUGGCAGCAGAUUUGUGAGAACGCGGGUGCUGCUGUUCUGUUGGCAGAUAAACCAGAUACAAUGGAAAGUUCUGUGGAAGGAACAGUGGUAAUUCUUACAAACAGAUCGUCCCCAUUGUGGGUGGUAGAAAAGGCGAAUGAAUUGCAAGUUCCGCUGCUUUCCACAGCAUGGGUUGUUCAGUGUUUGAUAGAAGGAAAACUAUGUCGAUACGAUACGCAACAACGUUAUAAAUAUAAUUAUAUACAGAAUUAGGUACACUUAACUAUCGAAACCGUAACUUUUAAGUUUAACGACAGGUGAGAACCUGCAUUUUA